AUGGCUAGACCACUUUUAGUAAUCCACCCUUCACUAAGCACUUCAAAUAUUGGUUUUACUGCUAUGACCCUUAUGAUUUGUGCCGUUGUGUUGCUCAUGUGUGCUUCGCACUCGCGCAAAUGGCGUCACUGGCUCGCAUGCAAUGCCUUUGCAGAAGAGCCAGUUAUAGGGCUAAACAAUGAAGUGGUAAUGAUGAGUUGUUGUGAACAAGAACAAGAAGAUGCUUCAAUUUGGCAGAAGAAUAUACUUAUGGGUGGGAAGUGCCAGCUCCCUGAUUUCUCUGGUGUCAUCAUCUAUGAUUCCAAUGGCAAUGUUGUAAACCCUGCUAAAACUUCUCAUCCAUUACUAACAUGGAAAUAA